CGGUGCUCUACUCUGCUCUCCCUCUUCCCUCUUCCCUCCCUCAGUCUUUAGCUGGUACUGUACAAUCGUCCCCCCGGGGUAGUUGGCUCUCGUACCCACCAGUUUGGUAGCGGUCUGGAGAGCAAUCGCCCUCAUAAUCACUCCAGGCUGCAUCGGUCAAUGGUAACUUCUGGGUCUGGGCGGUUUAUCGUGCUCGACCUUCCACCCACUCCUGACGAAGGUAGGUCUGUAAACUAGUUGGAAAAAUCCAUUCACUAGUUUGUGAAUUUCGCAGGAGAGGAAGACAGAAAGCUCCAAGAGACAUUCCCCUUUAUCCGAUGUAUCAGUCAAGGCGGUGAGUAGGGUAUCUAGCGGAAGGAUAAUCUAGAUGUGGGAAGAAGUCUUGGGUUUGCACCUGCAAGACUUUGGCCAUGGAAAUGGAAAUUGAGGGUUUUCGUCCGGCAGAGCAGGUAGCUCUGUAGAAGGAACAGAGAGUUGAGAUGCAAUUUUACUUGUAUCUGCUGAUUCAUGUUAAUCUGUGCAUCACCAUCGCGAGGUCACCGUCAGACCUCAAGGAGUACAAGAAGCUGAUGGAGGAAGUUGCAAUCUCACAUGUACAAGUGGGAAUGCCUCGGUCCCAUCCUUUCCUCCUUCAUACUUCUAGAAGUGUUUGGAAAGUCUCACACAUGAAGGUCCCAGCAUGUGUGAGUCAGGAAGGAAGGUCUGUAUUUACUGCCUGGAGAAGAGCUUUUGAUUGGACAAUACAUUGACAAGGUAAGUUUCAAAAGGGCAAAGCGAGUAUUGAGGUCGUUUUAAUAGAACGAGUCAAGAACAACGGAGCAUAAUAAAGUUGAGGAAACGCGCUUGUGUGAGCCAUUUUAACCGUUUCCGAGCCGGCUAUCAAUGUGAAAAAACAAACGCGCUGAGGGAGACAAGACCGCAGGCUGUUGACAGCGGGCGCCAGGCUGAUUCUUCAGUCUCAAGGUUUGGAUGAUUGUCUCCAGGAGAGCAACGUUUUACAUCGCUCUCCCAGCCAGAAAGGGUCGUCUGCAGAUCAGGCGCCCACAAACGGAAAUCCACUCCACAAGAUAAAUGAACUGAAAAGCCUCUCCAGUCGGAUCUGGGCCCCAACUUCCUAACUUUGGUUAAGGUCCCCGAAACUCGUACCAUCGAGAGAAAUUGGGUCCACCAGUAGUAAUUACAGGAGCUCUCUCUCACGCUGAAUGGACGUAUAAACCGGGCAACAUGUAUAUCUAACGCAUUCUGGGGUUUAUGAGUUUCACGGGUUUGGCUACUAGUAGUUUAAUGCUAGUGGAUUGGGGACAUCUGUUGACGUAAACAGUGAGGACAAGCACAAAAUGCGCAGUCCAGAGCACGGUUUUGAUCCGAAGAAUUUUGAACAGUCAGCGGGACCUUGGAGUGGAGCAGUGUGGCCAUCGAGACCGCGCUUAGAUUGGCAGUACUGUGGCUUUACUUAUUACUCAUCUCCUUGCAGAUUCAGGCAAGUGAAUGCUCGGGAGAGAUCGCUCGGACUUUGUCUUCUACCAAUCGGAGGAAGCAGCUAAGAGUACCGUGGUAUGUCAGACUUUUCGGGAGCUUCUCCUGUGCCUGCCAUUUGUUCUAGACUUACUACACGUCUCGAGGUUUUGGGUUUGACUCCCAUUCUGACAUCAGAUCCUUAUUCGAAUUUGAGAAACCGCAAUCGGUGCAAUGGGCGAUGAGCCGGCGAAUCACGGCGAGCAGCCAUCAGCAUUGGUCACUGAGACUGUACCCGAUGGGCUCGUGAAAAAAGAAGUUCAGAGUGAUACAGAGAAAGCAGACACAGCAGCUGUGCAGGUGCAGCGGUUGUACAGGGGCUAUCGGACGCGAAGAAAUAUCGCGGAUGCAGCAGUCAUGGCGCAAAAGUUUGGCUGGUGGAAUGUCGUGGAUGGUGCUAUGCUCCACCACAACUCGUCGCAGUUCUACGCUUACAGUAAACCCCAGAAUGCUGCUCAACGCUGGGUGAGGCUGAAAAGGAAGGCUGCCAAGGUAGGAAAAGGUUUGUCCCAGAAUGAACAAGCACGAAAAUUGGCUCUUCAACACUGGCUCGAAGCUAUAGACCCCAGGCACCGAUAUGGGCACAACUUGCACUUUUACUAUGAAGCGUGGUGCAACAGCAACACUCAAGAACCGUUCUUCUACUGGCUAGAUGUCGGCGAAGGUAAAGAUCUGGAAUUGGAGAAGUGCAAGAAAUCGAAGCUACAAAAUGAGCAAAUCAGUUACCUCAGUCCUAAAGAAAGGAAGUGGUUUGAGGUUUUGAUUGAAGAUGGAAAGCUGGUUUACAAAAUGACUGAGAAACCCGUGGAUACCCCCAAAGGAGAAAAGUGGAUCUUUGUGAUGAGUACCAGUGGAAAGCUGUAUGUUGGCAAGAAGGAAAAAGGUAAACUGCAGCACUCAAGCUUUUUGGCCGGAGGAGCAACGAUUGCGGCUGGAAGGCUUCUCGUCAGGAAUGGAACCAUAGAGCUUAUGGAAGCGCACAGUGGACAUUAUCAUCCCACUCCAGACAAUUUCAAAGAGCUCAUCACCAUCCUUACUGAUAGCGGUGCUGAUUUAACCAUGGCAAAGGUACAAUACACUACAGAGGACUUGUUGCCUUCGUCGGGCAGUGCGAACUCGAGGUCGGGCACGGGCGGUAUCUCUCACCAAGAAACCAUCGAGGAAGAUGUUCUAGAUGAUGAACUGCAGAGCAUGAUACUGGCCGAUAAUCAGAACGCUUCCAACGCUGGUGAGGUGGAACCGAUCGAAGCCACGGAUGCAGUCGAUAGUAAGACAACAUUUGUGGGGUCUGGGAAGCCCAACAAGCUCGACAGAAGCCUCAGCAAGAUGACCCCGAAGGAGAUCGAAAGCCUGAAGGGUUUCAGACUAGAGAUCAUGCAGCCAGCACGAGCAUCCAGCCAGCUCCAGUCGGAGCAGGACGAGAAAGCAGUUGAGAAGGCAAUCGAAGCUGUGUGUGACAGAGCAGCUCCCGACAGCCCCUCCCCUCGACCUCCUUUCGUUCACAAUAAGCACAAACUGUUCGGACCGGCCAUGCGGACUUUCAGCAGGCUUGACAUAGAUUACUGCACUCGUGCUGUGCAGGAACACGAGGCUCAGAAACCACAGUCGGAGCUCAACCCUAACACCAAGAGGCACUUGAUCAGGAGGUUGUCCAUGAGCCGGCCAGUUGUAUCACCAACUUGAGACCAGACGCAAUUUAUGUAUGAAUCUAGAAAACACUUUUGGUAUCGAGGUUCAGCUGGUGCAACAUCUGCACUGCUUGCAUAGAAAAAUUACCCGACAGUGGAAAAUCCCUUCAGGCCUAGUGGAGGUGAGGUGUAGGGAGCAUUUCUUUAAACGUAGCUUGUGUAGAAAUUCUCGAGAAUUGGAUUGGCAGCUUUCAAUCUGUGUAAAUAAGAUUCAAAUAUUACAAAGUGGUUCCUUUCUGGAGCUGUGGCCACGGCCUGGGAAGGUUUUCCGAUUAGAAAAUGUGUGUCCCCUUGUCCAUGAUGAAUUCCCAAUUCGUGACAAACUUACACGAAAGUAACUUUCGUCCGGGAAGCAUAUUAUCUUCAUGAAUUCAUUUUGAAGUAUAGAAUUACUUCACUCCUACCGACCAGAAACAAUGUAUUUUACUACCUAAUUUUUUUCAAGGCUGUGAAGCCUGAAUGUUCCUGACG